AUGUGCACCCUACAAUUCUUCAACUACCCAGGGACUGAAGCCAACUCAGAAUCCUUCCACUACUCCCAAGCUGUCAAAAUCGGCACGACAGUGAAAACAUCCGGUCAAGGUGGUUGGGACGAGAGCGGAAAUAUUACAUCCAACAUCGAGGAACAAGUUGCCAUCGCCUUUGAAAAUGUCGACAAGGCUUUGAAGGAAGUUGACUCGCGCCUGUCUUGGGAGAAUGUCUACGCAGUACGAAGCUAUCAUAUCAAUGUGGAGGAGACAUUUGAUUUGGUCACCAGCAAGUUUAAAAAGAUCCUUCCGAACCAUCGCCCGAUUUGGACAUGUGUGGAGAUUGGAAAGCUGGGAAUCGAGGGGAUGGUUAUCGAGAUUGAGGUCGAGGCAUAUUGUCCAUUCUGA